AUGAUGACCGGUGAAGGAAAAGAAACCCACCCCCGCGCUCUCGCUCGCCCUCACCUUUUAUUACCCACCCCGCACACGACCCAUUCACCCAUUGCCAUGGCCCCCAAGAAGCGCUGCCAGUUCACCGACGAGGCCCAGUGCAACCAGGCCGCCCUGCGCAUCGUAGGCCAGUGUGCUCACUGUCGCAACAACUACUGCGGCACGCAUCGGAUGCCCGAGCACCACGCCUGCACGAACCUCGCGGACUGCAAGCAACAGGCGUUUGAGCGCAACAAGGCCAAGCUCGAGGGCGAGCGGACCAUCAACUCGAAGAUGGUUAGCGCAUAG